AGCCCCAGAGUUUUCUUGCGCCCUUUUCUGUUCCUGAGACGAGAACACGACCGGUUUUGCGACGCAUUUUCCUGAACGAAGUUUUCCACAAGAUAGAACGGUCAUGUGUAAAUUGUCGUUAGCCACUGCAGCCCUCUGUUUCCUAUUCACACUGGUGUCAUGUAGUUACAGAGAACGAAGAAGCGGCAUUUCUGAUCAAAGACUAGCCGAAAUAGAGACACUGCUUGCCUUGGCGAAGCAAGGGGGAAAUAGGGAUGUGGCCUUUGGUGUCAUCGAUCCACUAACAUUGGGCAAGAGGAAGCGCAGCUACGACAUGGAUCUCUCAAACCAAGUGGAAGAAGAUUUCCCCCUGGACAUCUUGCGAGAGGCCAGGCUUAAGUAUCCCUCCAGCAGGCGAGAGGCCAUCAUGUAUUCGCACCGAUUUCCCGAGAGACUCUUCCGAUUUCGAGCGAACGACCUGGAAAACAGGGAUCUGCAAGGCAACGAAGACGUUUCCAAGUGAAGAAUUGUUUAUUGAAGAUUAAAUUUAUGUACCCUUUGUAAUCACUGUUUUCAUCCUCUCUAAAAUUUUCCAUGAUAACCCAUGUUAAUACAGUCAUCAUAUAUAUUUUUUAAAUACACUUUUGUUAUUUUUAGUAAUCUAGAACUUGUGUGAUAAUUAAGUGUAUGUAGAAAAUAAUGAAUGCUGAUCCUCAUCUAUUCUUAAUUUACAUUUGCUUCGUGUUUUGAAUUAGAAUAAAAUUAUAU